AUGGCAUGUUUUUCAAGAAAUGAAGGUAUGAAAGCCUCUUUUGAAAUUGACAAAAUUUUAAAGGAUGAAAAAAGCUUUUUUAAAAAUAAAACUCAAGUUUUAUUAUUAGGGGCUGGUGAAAGUGGUAAAUCUACCAUCUUUAAACAACUUAAAAUUUUACAAGACAAUGGAAAAUGGGAUAUCGAUACCUUAAAAGAUUUUCGUAAUACUGUUUUCAUUAACUUAACAUCACAACUUCAUGUAUUAUUAGAUGCUGUUCAAAAAUCAGGGAUCGAAAUAGAGCCAGCAAAUAAAGAAAGAGCUGAUAGAAUAAUGGCAAGAAAUCAUCACACUGACGAUUGGUCAGUAGAGAUUGGUGAGGAUUGUGUUCAUUUAUGGAGUGAUAAAGCAGUUAAAAAAAUAUUUGAAAAAAGAGAUAAAGAAUUUCAAUUAAAUGACUCAGCAGAAUACUUUUUUAACAAUUUACAACGUAUUAUUCAACCAGACUAUAUUCCACAACCUCAGGACGCUCUCAGAGCAAGAGUUAUGACAAAAGGUAUUGUUGAAGCAGAUUUAUAUUUCGAUUCAAUUCAUAUGAAAGUUAUAGAUGUUGGUGGCCAAAGAUCUCAAAGAAGAAAAUGGAUUCAUUGUUUUGAUAAUGUUUCAGCAGUUAUUUUUGUUGCAGCAUUAAGCGAAUAUGAUCAAUUUUUAAGAGAAGAAGAAAAUGUUAAUAGAAUGGAUGAAUCAUUAAGUUUAUUUUCAGAAAUUUGUAAUAGUCAAUGGUUUACUAAAGCACCAAUAUUACUAUUUUUAAAUAAAAAAGAUAUUUUUAUUGAAAAGUUAAAGAGGAUUCCAUUCAAAACUUAUGAUCCAAGAUAUAAAGGUGAAGAUACAUUCGAAGCUGUAUCAGGAUUUAUUCAAAAGAAAUAUGAAAAUGUUAGAAAAGACCCAUUAAAGCAUAUUUAUACUCAUUUUACAAUUGCUGUCGAUACUCAAAAUAUUAAAUUUGUUUUUGAUGCAGUAAAAUCAAUUAUUUUAGACAGUGUUAUGGAUACAAUUAUAUAAAAAAAAAACUUUUUUUAUUUUUGUAUUAUAAAUUCAAGAAAAUAUAAAUAAUUAAAACAUAUAAUUACAACGAUGGUAAUUUUAGAAAACAUAUGAAU